UUAAUCAUUAGUCUCUUGGCAGCUAACUGGCUUUUUCAGCACUAAUAAACUGCCUUAAAUUCUGCUCUGUCUGGGAAUAAAAGAAAAGAAAGAAUAGUCACCUUACAUUUGUAGCAUCUGGUGGACUAAAUCUCAGGCUAAAUAGAUUUGAACUAAAAUACUUUUAGUGCCAAAUUUCUUUGUGCCAUUAUGGAUGAAACGCAAAACGGCAGGACUUCCUUGGCUAAAGGUGCCAAGGACAUUGCUAAAGAAGCCAAGAGGCAAACUUCCAAAAAUUUAAGCAAAGCUGUUGAUCGUGCAUCAGAUGAAUACUCCACUCGUCGCAGCUAUAACCGCUUCCAGAACGAGGACGAAGAAGACAACAACUACAAUACUUACGAUCAGCAAGACGGUCACUACGCCGACAACGCAGGCAACGACGAGGACGGGGCCUCCAGCGACGCCACGGAGGGCCACGACGACGAAGACGAGAUCUACGAGGGAGAGUACCAAGGCGUGCCUGCCCACAGCGAUGGGAAGCAGCGGGACGGGCAGGUGGCUCUGGGCCAGCCGGUUUCUGACAGCCUAAAGAGCCGCAAGGAGCUGGAAAACGAGAGACUGGCCGACGAGGAGGAGCUCGCCCAGCAGUACGAGCUGAUCAUGCAAGAGUGUGGCCACGGGAGAUUCCAGUGGCAGCUGUUCUUCGUACUCGGGCUGGCGCUCAUGUCAGACGGCGUGGAGGUGUUCGUAGUGGGCUUCGUCCUACCCAGCGCCGAGACAGACAUGUGUGUCCCCAACUCUGGUGCCGGGUGGCUUGGUAGCAUUGUGUAUCUGGGGAUGAUGUUUGGGGCCUUCUUUUGGGGCGGCCUGUCAGACAAGCUGGGCCGUAAACAGUGCCUGCUUAUUUCCAUGUCUGUCAAUGGCUUCUUCGCCUUCCUCUCCUCCUUUGUCCAAGGCUACAGCAUGUUCCUCGUCUGCCGCAUGGUGUCUGGCUUUGGGAUUGGUGGAGCAGUACCGAUUGUGUUCUCGUACUUUGCGGAGGUGUUGGCUCGGGAGAAGAGAGGAGAGCAUCUGAGCUGGCUGUGCAUGUUCUGGAUGAUCGGAGGAAUUUACGCCUCAGCCAUGGCCUGGGCCAUCAUCCCACACUACGGCUGGAGCUUCAGCAUGGGUUCAGCCUACCAGUUCCACAGCUGGAGAGUGUUUGUGGUGGUGUGUGCGCUGCCGUGUGUCUCUGCAGUAGUGGCUCUCACGUUUAUGCCUGAGAGCCCCCGCUUCUUCCUGGAGAUAGGUAAACACGACGAGGCCUGGAUGGUGCUCAAACACAUCCACGACACCAACAUGCGUGCCCGCGGAGAGCCCGAGAGAGUCUUCACUGUGAACAGGAUCAAAAUCCCCAAACAGCUGGACGAGCUGGUGGAGAUGCAGAACGAGUCAGCCAACCCCGUACUCAAGGUCCUCUUGAAGAUCAAGACUGAGCUCAGAGGAAUCUGGUUGACGUUUAUGAAAUGCUUCAACUACCCAGUGAGAGACAACACUAUAAAGCUGGCCGUCGUCUGGUUUACCCUGUCGUUUGGGUACUAUGGGCUGUCGGUGUGGUUCCCGGACGUCAUCAAGCACCUCCAGGCGGACGAGUACGCCUCCAGAGUCAAGCUCCACAACAGCGAACACAUUGAAGACUUCACCUUCAACUUCACCCUGGAGAACCAGAUCCACAGAAACGGAGUCUUUCUAAAUGACAGGUUCAUCAGUAUGAAGUUCAAGGCGGUCACAUUCAUCGACUCAUCUUUCAUCAACUGCUAUUUUGAGGAUGUCUCCUCCUUAGGAUCCUUCUUCAAAAACUGUACCUUCGUAGACUCCUUCUUUUACAACACGGAUAUUGACGACGCCAAACUAACAAAUUCCAGAGUGAUCAACAGCUCCUUCCACCACAACAAGACAGGCUGUCAGAUGACAUUUGACGAUGAUUACAGCGCCUACUGGGUCUAUUUUGUCAACUUCCUGGGAACGCUGGCUGUGCUGCCCGGAAACAUCGUCUCUGCCCUCCUCAUGGACAAAAUAGGACGUCUUAGCAUGUUAGGAGGCUCCAUGGUGCUGUCAGGCAUCAGCUGCUUCUUCCUCUGGUUUGGCACCAGCGAGUCGAUGAUGAUCUUCAUGCUCUGUCUCUACAACGGCCUCAGUAUCUCUGCGUGGAACUCCCUGGAUGUGGUCACCGCUGAGCUGUAUCCAACAGACAGGAGGGGCACCGGCUUUGGCUUCUGUAACGCCAUGUGUAAGCUGGCAGCGGUGCUGGGCAACCUGAUCUUUGGCUCACUGGUUGGCAUCACCAAGGCCAUCCCCAUCCUGAUGGCAUCGGCUGUGUUGGUUGGCGGCGGGCUGGUGGGGCUCCGACUGCCAGACACACGGGCCAAUGUCCUCAUGUAAACCUCGACACGGAACAGUGUGCGGUCUACCAGGUCUUCACUCAGUUUACAGAAUAACCCAUUCAUUUACGGACCAGGGUUGAUUUGAAUAUCACUGCAACGACCAUUGCUGUCAUCCUUCCUGUAUUUAUUAUUUGAUUAAUAACGUUAAUUGUGUUCUCAAACAUGCAAAGGACACGUGAUUGUUAUUCUGUAAUGUCUGAGUAGAAUACCUGGUAAAUAACAAAGCCUAAUGAAAUGCAGUUUGACUUAACAAUGAGCUGUAGAUAUAAAGAGGCAAAGCUUAGUCUUUUGCCAAGUGUCAGUGGCUGGUUGCCAAAGCCCUGGGCAUUCUUUCAGAAAUUCAAAGGCUACUGUUCAGAAACAAGAGGAGAUGAAACUCUGUAUAUCAGCAGCUCAUUGGCUGUUUCACACAUGCAAUCCUCAAAUGCUCGUGUCAAUGCUGCAAAAGGCCUGGACUCCCGACAACCUUCCCCUUAUGUACCCUGCUCAAUCUGGCUCAGAUUAAAGGAAUACUUUGACAUUUUGGGAACAGAGCUUACUCAAAGCUAACACCAGCAGCUGCUUAGCUUAAAGUAAUAACCUCAACAAUUUUCAUUUUACCCUACUGUUGUCCUCGCGCACAGUAAGUAAGUGACUUUCAUCACCUAGCGGUGGUUGGUCUACCAGAGAAGGCAGGCGGCGCUAUCUCAACAGACUCGCUCUUCAACUCAAUUGUACGUGAAGCGGUGUACUGUUUUUUCCCCCCAGUCUCUCGAUUAACCUUUGCCACCAAAGAGAUCUUUGAGAUUGUAACUUUAAAGAAUGAACGCAAGAGCAAACAGCUAGCCUGGCUCUGUCCCAAACGGCCUACCAGCACCUCUAAAGCUCAUAUUGUUAGUUUAAGCCUUUACAUAAAAAAAGACAUGUAAAAAAAAACUAUGCUUUUUUUUUUUUGCUUAAUUUUUUUUUUUUUUCAAUCUUUGUCUCGCUCCCCCCUAGCACCUGUGAGCGGAAAAACCCUCGCAACGUUCAGCCGGCGGGCCGCCGGCCUCAGCAUCAGGGAGUACCGCGUGGUAUCAGGUCUCGCAAUGUAACAAAUUACUUCAUGGUGCUGCACACAUACACGCCCCCAUUCAGGAACCGGCUAACAAUGUAGCGAUGGAGUUUUUUCAACUAACGUCAUGGCUGAGCUGGAAAAAAAGAAGCAGAAAGUUAGGAAAGCGUUUUCGGAGGAAAAGAGAAAGAGGAAACGGCAGACUGACCGAGCGAGGACUCAGACACCGGUAAACGUACUGUAGAAGCUGCCAAAUGUCUAUUCCCAAGCUGUAGGGGGAGCUCUAUAGAAAAAUCUGUGCAAAAUGCGAGAAAACCGCAUAGCGCCCCUUUAAAGGUGGCUUGGGGCCCGACUAUUUCCUGGUCUGGUGCAGAGCUAGGCUAGCUUCUUUUACCUCUGCCUCCAGUCUUUAUGCUAUGCUAUGCUAACAGGUUCAUACAGUUCAGACAUGAGAAUGUUAUACAUCUUCUCAUCUAACUCUCAGCAAGAAAGCUAUUAAAUGUGUAAAGUUUAACAAAAUGUCAAUCUAUUCCUUGAAGUACAAAGUUUGUGAUGGUUGUUUAAGUGACUAUGCUUUAUGUAUUGAUGUCAUAUGUAUUUAUAUGUCAUUUAUUGCUCCAUCAGUGUGCUUUUUAUAUUUGGGGGCAAGCUAUCGAAGGUGCUUUUUGACCUGCUCUGUUUCUGAAACCUGUGAUCAGUAUUUCACUACACACGGUUGACGACGUUCAAGCCUUUUGCUGCAAUUUGCAAGAAUGACAAGGCCAUAACUAAAAAAGAAAAAUCAAUAACGAUAUAGUAGUUUUAGUCAAAACCGGCAACUUCAGCAGCUACAUUUCUAAAGUGAAAAGAAGUUUACAUUUUCUGCUUUUUACAGUAAGAGACUUUUGAGAUUGGAAACUUUUUUUUGUCAGAAUGCUUCCUCUCUCCCUCUCUCGUGUCUGUGUCGUGUUCGUCUCGUCGCGCCGAGCCCACUACGAAGGGCUUUGCUCUCUGUUGCAAUCCCAAAUUUGCCAAGAAGAAUUCAUACUCUGCUGUUAUAAUCUGCUCUUCUCCUUGUUUAAUUUUUUGUCUCACCGUCUUUGGUUUCCUCAUAGUGUCUCUGAUCUGGUCUUGUCCUCUUUGCUGUUUAUCUCCUCCUGCCUUGCUGCUGCUCCCUCCAAAACACAAAGGCCUUUCUUAAAUGUCGUGCCUCUCUCUCUCCAUUGAGUUUGUCGCUCCUUCCAAACCUAUGCUGGAAGCCUUUGCUGCUCUGUCCUGCUUGUUUUUGGUCUCCUAUCUCUUGACACUGCUGUGUGGAUGUCUGUGUAUGAGUGUGUGUGUUUGUGUGUGUGUGUGUGUGUGUGUGUCCAGACAAACCUUUUUAAGAUCCAGUGGCCAUCUUAUAUGUAGAAAAUGAAGUGGGAAGAGGAUUUGAACCACAUGAUAAAGUGAAAUUAAAAGCCAUGCUUAAAGAAUCAGUUCACCCAAAUUCCAAAGAAACGUAAUUACUAGCCAUGCAGAUAGUACACGUGGACCUCAUGGUAGGACGCAUCCUCUGGGGAAAAAUAUAACUGUCUGUAGAACAUUCCUCAGCAAUCCAUCCAGUAUUUGUUGAGAUAUUUCACUGAAAACCAGAAAUGUAAACCUCAUGGUGGCACUAGAGGAAAAGUCAGAGGAUCAACAAUGUCAUCCAUUCCAUUUCCAUUGUGUUCCUCUAUUGCAGUACACAGGGGCGUAAAUAUAGACCGUGCAGGCAGUGUGGCUUCACAGGGGCUAGUAGAAGGCGGGUCCUCCAACAAGGUGUUGAGUGCAGAACGGGCCCCUGCAAGAGAUUUAUUGUUUAAAGAACUUUUAAUAAGUGCAUUUUGGAGGUUAUUGCAAGGGUAAAACAGUCUUUUGUUAAGGUCAGCGGCCAUGUCAGCACCUCGGUGAAACAGACAGCUCCUCUGCUCUCUGGCCCCGAUGCUUAUUUUCACUUUGAAGUCAGAGCGCUAUCCGUGGUUCUGAUAGCUUUCUCUGUGACAGCUCUAUACUUUCUCCAAUAAAAUAGUAACUCCAUAGGAAAGUCUGAAAGUCUGGAGUGCUCAGAAGUGAUGAUGGUGCUAUUUUGGAAGGGGAACACAAAUGUUCAAAAGAGA